AUGUCCUUCAACGACUUCAACACCUCCGCCGACGAGCUCAUCUACGCCGCAGAAACCGGCGACGUCGACGCCCUAACAACCCUCCUGAACAGCGGCGUCAGCCCCCGCAUCGGUUUCCGCCAGCCACUGAUGGCCGCCAUCCUAAACAACCACACAUCAGCCGUGAAGCUCCUCCUCACCCGCGGGGCGCUGGACGAGUGUCUUGCUGUGACGUCCUCCGAGCACUACUCGUUCCCGGAGAGCGGUGAUAUCACGUGUAGUCUGCAUUUCGCGGCCCUUCAUGGCAAGGUCGAUGUUGUGAAGAUGCUACUGGGGCUGGGGAUCUCUGUGGAUUGUGUUGAUGGAGUGGGCCGUACUGCGUUGGGGUUUGCGGCGCGCGCGGGGAGGAUUGAGGUUGUUAGGUUGCUUGUCCAGUGUGGUGCGGAUUUGGGGAAGGUUGAUAGGGAGGGUCUCACGGCGCUGGACCAUGCGGCUGCGGCUGUAGAAGUGGGCGUUAUUGAGUUCCUUAGGGGGGAGAUGAAGAGGCAGGCUAAGAUCAAGGCGAAGGUGUAA